AUGGCCGCUCAGAUCGACCGCCAGCGCCCCUCGACCUCGACCUCGCCCCCGCCCCCGCCCCGCCCCCGUGGCAAUGUCUGCCGCACCUGCAGACAGACGCUGGUCCUCCCGCCCCCCGUCGCGGCCGUGGUCGCCUCGGGCCCCUUCGUCGUAGCCCAUCCGUCCAUCAGCCGCACAACGCGCCGCUGCCAGAGCUGCGACGCCGACAGGGCCCGCAGCCUGGCCGGACCGAUCCUCGCGCAGCUCCACAGCGCCGACAACAAGAUCGUGCGCCUCAAGCGCGAGCACCACCACCUCGACGUCACCGUGUCGCUGCUCGUGCGGUUCCUGCCGCGCCAUCCGCGCGACGACCUCGACGGCCACUCGCUCCUCAUCCGCAAGCAGACGACGCGCGACUGCAAGCACACGGAGCUCGUCCUCUCGGCCGCCUGCGCCAAGGUCCUCCUCAGCGACGCCUGGGCCGACUACUGGGCCAUCUGGGGCUGCGCCGGCACCGGCACCGGCCACGACGCCGCCGUCGUCCGCGCGCGCGACUAG